GCGGUCCAUUCACUGGACUUUAUUCCUACGUUUACCACAUUCACAAGGAGAACUCGACGACGACGAUGGUGAUAUCCGACGCCAAUGAUGCGAGGAAGCGGCUGCUGGACGCCAUGGCGCAGAAGACCCAAAACCAGCAUGCGAACAGCCACGUGAAUUCCAUCAACACAUUCGAGCGACCCAGCGUCCAUGACAUUGGAGUCGGCCGAUCGGCGUUUCAAGGACCAUCAGCAACCGCUGCAUCUGCCCCAAUGGGAAUCCCAAGCAAUUUCCUGCGCAAUUUGUACGGGUUCCUCAAUAACAACUUGCUUCCAGACACGAUUGCCUGGGACGCCGACGGUCGAUCGUUCUCGAUCUUGGACGCAGACAAGAUGGAGACCUCCUUGCCGAUGCCGAACCUUUACCGAGGUCGAUUCAAAACAUUCAAGAUGCAGCUCGAGAAGCAUGGUUUCAUGAAGUCGUCUGAUGGAACCCGGUACUUUCGACCGGACUUUGUCAAAGGACAGCCACAGCACCUCGGGGACGUCGACAUGUCGCCAUCAGCCGUCUCGCCGUCAUCGUUUGAUGAGAUCAUGGACGACUCCACGUCAGCAGGAAGCAGGUCCCCUAUGAGUUUGGAGUGCCGCAUUCAGUUUCCCAAGAAACGACGGCUGCACGAAGACUCGAGAGCGGCCUCCGACCCAAGCACCCAACCGUUUUGGAAUUCCCUUCACGAUCAACCCCACCACAACGCGUCCACUACAACGUCUGGUCUCCUCUGCAGUGUCAGUUUGUCCAAACACCGUGUCGGCGCGGCGGUCGCUGCCCCCGCAACCGCUCCACACCAGCAUCACCUCCACCCUCCAUCUAUUCCGUCGCUGCGGCCACAUCACGACAACAUGCAAGCACGCCUCCCCUCCAUCAAUCGAGCGUUUCCGCUGUUUGGAUUGAACAAACAAGUGGCCGCCCCAGCCCCCAACACAGGGCAGUGAUGCCCUCUAUUACGCUAUAAACAAACACCUCCGCUCUCACAAGUUGUGCACCGCCAGCAAAUCUUCGAGCUCAUCCACGUCAAACUCGAGCAGCACAUCGUCGUCGUCGUCGUGGGCUGGAGUACCAUCACUCUCGACCUUGAUCUCUGAAUGCAGGUCUAUUGUCGACACAAAGCAGUGCGGUGUGUGGUCGCUGGCGGCCAGGUGGCGGGACGCGUCGUCCCCGUCAAUGGAGGACGUAGUCGUGGAAGCCGCGCUGGACGGCACCGGGGAUUCGGGGGCUUGCGCCGACUUACUUGGGUUGCCCUGGAUGAUGUUGUCGAGCAGCUGCAACACUUCGCCGUCCUGCAACUCGGAGAAUUCCUUGCGCUCGACGUGGAGGAAUUCUUUGACGCGUUCGAGAAAGAGAUGCGUCAUGCCAAACAUUUGUGCUGGAGCAAGUUGUUGAUGGUCAAACAGGGAGGAAGGGUUCGGUAGUACCUGAUGCGAGCAUGUCGCGAAUGGCUUGGACAGCUUCAAUGUACCGAGCGGACUCGUUGUCUCCGAGAGGUCGCGUAGUCGGGGCAUACGACUCGACGAUUUUGUCUUCAACUUUCUUGACGGUUUUGACGUCGUCGGGCUGCGUAGCACGCGACCGCUUGUCCUGUUUGCGGCGCUAUAUGACAAGAAAGUGUCCAUAAGAUGUGUAGAAAUCAAACGGCGAAUAUACGUACUUCGAUCUUGGAGA